ACGCUGCCGGUUGUAUUAGUCAGAGAUCCGCAAAAUAUUCAAAGUCUCAUGAAUUUUAUCCAAUUGGACAUUUUUACAUGAAAAUUAUAUCUAAUUACUUGUCUUUUUUGAUCAUGUGUCAAUACAUCCCAUUCGUUCAUUCAUUUGCAAUAGGAUUUCUUUACAUUCGAGACUCACUUCAAUUUUUAUCCUAAUAAUAUUGUAAUAAAACCGAAAAUGAUAAUCAUUUUCUUGGAACUAUGCGGCCAUAGGAAAUAUUCUCAUGAUAAAAUUGUGGCAGGCCUCGUAUCGUUUCCUUCAAGAAAGACUUACUGAUACUAUCGCAAGUCUUUUCAUAUAAUUUUUUCUCAUAUCCACUCGUUGAUAUUUAUUCAUGGCAUCAACGCCGAAUUGGAGUCAUGGCCUCCAGGGAACACGUGUUGAUAAUAAAAUCACAUCGAAUGAGAGUGAUUCUCUAGCGGAAGUUAUUUCUGUUCUUGAAAAUAAAGUAGAAGCCCUGAAUAUCAAACCACGCUUGGGAAAUGAUUUGUUGGCCGACCUUGAGAAACUGAGUCUAGAAUUCAAUGAGCUCACGAGGAAAUUCAAUGCACUGAAGGAAACAGAGAAAACCGUUGGAAAGAAUCAUCAUCAGAAGAGGAAAAAAAAAUUGCUGCAUAAAUUCAGUCAAACAGAUGAGAAUCCGAUUCUCGCGGUAUCAGAGGCAAAAUCGACUAUUGCACACUGCAUCUUACAACUCCUCUCAAUCAAUCAUCUGCUCGAUGGGAAUGAAGGACAAUCUGUUGUUAUACAAAAAUUAUUGACUCAUCAAUGUUUCGACAAUUCUGGAGAUAAUUUCAUUAUUCAGAGUUUGUCAGUGGGUCCUGUGUAUUUUGAAGUGAGAUCACAGGGUAUUUACGAUGAACAAGAAAUGCAAACGGAUCCAUCAUCUAAAAGUAAUACGAGAGAACAAGAUCGAAGGAAUCCUAAGGAAAAAUCGUGCAACUGGCUCUGUUGCUUCGGAGGACCGAGGAAGAAGAAGAUGAAGAAAAAACCAACUAAAAAAUAAGAGGAAUAAGAGGAAUUUUGGCGAUGAACGUCCUAGGGCAACUCUUUGACAACGUUUACAGACUGAAAUUCAAUAAUUAUAAUAAAUUGUUUAGUUAAUGGUUUGGUACAUUUGUUCGAUUAUUACCACACUUGAGUAUUAAAAAAAUUGGA